AUGGGCGAUACGAGAGAAGAGACUGACUGGAGGAACCAGAAUGCAGAAGAUCACCGUGGAGGGGUGGUAUUUCUUGGAGAAGAAGAUAUCGUAGAAGGGGUUCAAGCCUGUGCCAAUAGCCUGACAGGCAGAAUUUUCGCUAAUAGACAAUUCACAAUGGGCACCAUGGAGAAUGCAUUAACAGCGAUCUGGGGUAAGCCAAAAGGAAUCAGAGUUACUGAAAUAAAAUCUAAUGUCUUUCAAUUUUUCUUUGAUAUGGAAGAAGAACUACUGAGAAUUGAACAAGGCUCUCCUUGGCUAUUUAAAAAUUUUGUUUUGCAUGUUAGACGAUGGAAUAUCCAGGAGGAGGCUGCUGACAAUGUAAUAUCUAAAUUUCCAGUUUGGGUACAAUUGUGGGGGAUCCCGGAAAAGUUCAAAACACUGGAAUCUGGGAGGAAAAUAGGAGAAAGCUUGGGGAAGGUGUCUGAUUUGGGUUUUUUGAAGUUAAGGGAAAGGAAAACAGAAUCCUCAAGGCUCGGGUUGAUAUUUGUGGUGAGAAAGAAGUAA